UGUAACCACGACCGCAAUGCUUGUGUGGCUCGCCAGAUACAAGUAUUCAACAGAUAAAUGAGUAUUUGUAAAGUAUUACGGCUAUGCUUUUCGUUUCAUAAAUCUACCAAACUGUCUUUGGUUACGUUUCAUAGUCAAAACAUGUUUCCUCUUGGUUUGCUUUUCGUUUUAUUAAAUUUGUCAUUAGAUGUUGGGUGUAGUAUUUCACAAUCAGAAAUUGAGAAGCAUCAAAAACUUGGUGAUAGCUUUUUAAGUAAAGGGCAAUUUCAUGAUGCAUUAACUCAAUAUCAUGCUGUACUAGCUGGGGAUCCAAGUAAUUAUUUGACCUACUAUAAGCGAGGUAUUGUUUAUGUUGCUCUAGAAAAACCUAAAUUUGCUCUACAAGAUUUUGAUAGAGUCUUGGAGCUUAAACCAGAUUCUAUAGCAACAAAAAUUCAUAGAGCAGAAAUUUUCCUCAAACAAGGUUUAUUUGAGAAAGCUGAAAAAGAAUAUUCAGAAGUAUUAGAACUAGAACCAUAUAAUGAACAAGCUUUAAGCUCAUAUCAAGAAAUAGAAAGUCUUCGAAGAAUAUAUAGAGAUGCACAACUAUUAGCUAAAACUGGACAAUGUUCUGAAGGUAUUAAGAUGAUAUCUCAAAUAAUCAAAGCUUGUCCUUGGGCGGUAGAGCUAAGAGAAUUACGAGCACAAUGCUAUGAAAUAAAUAAAGACUAUAUGAAUGCUAUUACGGACUUCAGUUCAGCUACAAAAUUAUUACCCGAUAAUACAAAGGGUUACUAUAAAUUAUCAAUGUUUUUGUAUCGUUUAGGAUAUGUUAGUAAAGCAUUAGAUGAAAUUCGAAAUUGUUUAAAACUUGAUCCAGAGCACAAAGAAUGUUUUGCUUUCUAUAAAAAGAUAAAGGAUAUUGCGAAAUAUUUAGAGAAAGCAACUAAAGCGGAGGAGUCGAAAGAUUAUGACACAUGCGUCACUUUUGGAAAUAAAGUUUUAAAAGCAGAACAAAUGGAAAAUGUUAGAUUUAAUGCUCAUCAAUUACUGUGUAAAUGUUAUCCUCAUACAAAUGAUGCAACUUCUGGAAUUAAACAUUGUCAAGAAGCUCUGAAAAAUCAAAAGGAUCCUGAAUUACUGUGUGAUAGUGCUGAAGCUUAUCUUGCUGCUGAAAUGUAUGAUGAUGCAAUAAGAGAACUGAAAAGUGCAUUAGAAAUAGAUUCACACUUUAGUAGAGCAAAAGAACUGCUGCAAACAGCACAACAACGACAAAAAAUGUCUGAAUCUAGGGACUAUUAUAAGAUUUUAGGCGUUUCAAGGAAUGCACCAAAAAAAGAAAUAGUAAAGGCUUAUAGAAAAGCAGCCCAAAAAUGGCAUCCGGAUAAUUUCCAAGAAGGUGAGGAGAAAAAACGAGCGCAAAAGAAAUUCAUUGACAUAGCUGCAGCGAAGGAAGUACUCACUGAUGAUGAAAAGAGAGCAAAGUUUGAUCGAGGUGAAGAUCCUUUAGAUCCAGAAUCAGGAAAACAUCAUCACCAAGGAUUCAAUCCCUUCCAAGAAUUCCAUCGUUUCCAUGACUCACCCUUCCAAUUUAAAUUCCAUUUUAAUUAAAUUAUGGUAAAUGAAUUUUGACAUCAUAAAAAAUGUAUUCAUAUUGACCAUCGUGUCUUCAAACUGGUAGUCUAAUUUAUACUAACAUGAAAAAAUGAACUUCUGCAAUUAAUUGCAAAAAAAUUUAGAUUUCAAUAGCUGUGAUUUUUUUAUGAGUAUUAUGAAAGACUCCAGCUAUCACUUUAAUCAGGGUUGGACUGACUUAAACCUUUCCGGAGUAAAAAAGAAAAAUGUAUAUAGGGAUUGAGUGUGUAAUUGAAAUUUCACACUCUCUCCUAUUGAUAACAUACUUUUCUUCCGGAAGCGUAAAAUCGUUCAGCUUUGAUAUAAACCUUUCAAAUAUCACUAAAUAGUUGAAUAUUUAUUAAAAAUCAAUUAUAAUUAUACUCUUGUAUAUAAUUAAUUUUAUUGAGUAUAUGAAUAUAUAGAUAGCAAUCGUGCAAUGUCCUGAUAAAGUUUAAGCUUGUAUAUUUCUUGUUAAUAAUUAAUGUAUGCGUGAGAGUAAGUGCCAGAUUGUUUAGAAAAUAGACGUGAAUAUCAUUGAAGACUAUAUGACUUAUUAUUUUUUUGGAAUUUUUAAAUCUUCCGUGAGAGUUUGUUGGAUGUUUAAAA